CGGAUCAUAGUAACGCGGUCCCAGGCCGUUGGCUUCCCUCCCGCCGCAGGGACAACUGGUGGCUGCCAUGCCACUUCGCCACCUAACAUGUGUGGCCUCCACGCGCCACCGGAUUCUCCUUCCCAUACUCGUUCGUCCUUAGCGUCCCCUACCUUGCUCCCUCUACUAUCGCGCUUGAUCUCCCUCCCCCCAUGCUCUUCCCUCUCGUCCUUCCCCGGUCUCCAAACUCCUUCGCAUGAAACAGUACUGAAAUAUCAGUUUCACAUUGGCUGAAAAUCUGCUAAAUGAAGGCAUAGGGAUUUUGUCGGGCCAAAGGUUCAUAAUCUAUAGCACACAUACAGAUUCGACACAUAUGGCUAGCCAAAUAUCUGGUACCAUAGCAUCUAGUGGGGUGUGCUAUAAUGAUAAACACAGAAUGCCGUGUAAGCUGAAAGCACUACGCUGUGUAGCAUCGGAUUGUUUACCACAAGAGGUAGAGGUAAGGAAGUGGAUGAACGGAUAUCAUAUCAUCAGGUCCUUUCCAAACGAUAGGCAUUGGAAAACGAAUGCAAAGUCCAAUGGUUACCUACUCCAACAAGGUCCGAAUGUUCGGUGCCAUUCUUAUGGUUCUCGUAGUGGCAGUGAAACUACAGAGUGCAAUAUUCCUGAAGAUGGCAACAAUCCUUACAGGGAUUUUGAUGAGCAUCGAAGAGGAAUGUCACAUUUUUCAGAUAGUCAAGUUGCAGCUCAGGAAAAAACACUAUAUUCUACUCAAGGGCUGUCUAAAGCGUGCCAAUUUGUCUAUAAUGAUGCAAAGUUUGUGAAUGAAAGAGCUCAGAGUGAUAUUCUUUUGCUUUCACGUGGCAUCACAAGGUUGAACAAACGUGCAUCUAAGGAUGUUGCUGUAUUAGGGUUGGGGUUUCUCAAGCUUGAUGAUUGCCUGAAAGCUCGUGCAAGGAAGGACACCCGAAAGAUUGAUAACAGUGUGAAGGAACAGGCAGCCCACCUAACCAAUUUCGCUAGAAUAUUGAAGGAGCGAGCUCAUUCAGACUUGAAGAAAGCAGCAGAUCAACAUUGGAGUGAUGGUGCUUUGGAGGCAGAUCUGCGACGAGCUGACAUGGUUGUUCGACGACGUGCCAUGGAGGAUGCUUUCAUGGCUUUAAAGUUUGUCCGGGAUAUUCAUGACAUGAUGGCAACCAAACUACAAUAUCAGUUCAUCACACUGGAGAAAAAUGGGAAGAUUCUUAAGUUGUUCCCUCGUGAAGUUUCUACUGAUCAAAUUGCUGCCAUAGAGGAUGCAUAUCUUAAUAUGGCAUCUGCCUUAUCUGAGGCUGAUGGUAUCGACUACACCAAUCCUGAGGAGCUUGAAUUAUUAGUAGCGGCUCUUAUUGACCUGGAUGCUAUGGAUGGGAAAAAGAGUGUUUCCUUGAUAGUUGAAUGUUCAAGCUCUCCAGAUGUUAAUACCAGCACGAAGAGCUUGAUGCGCUUGAUUUUCUUGAUUGGCUUGACGAGCUUCUUCUCGGUGGUGCUCAUUGCUCUCUUCAUCCUGAUUCGGUCUUGUGGUCUGUUGCCGCGAGGAGGGUUUGGAGCGCGGGAGGGCUCGGGGUCUUCCUGGUCAUGGAAAGCUUUGGCUAAUGCAUUGGCUGCAGCUCCAUCCAUGUGGACCCUAGGGAAUGCUGGGAUGGGCGCAUUACAGAGAUUGGCUCAAGAUUCCAAUCCCGCUGUAGCUAGCUCUGCAGCAAGAGCCAUUGGCGAACUCAGAAAGCAGUGGGAGCUUGAAGAGGGUGACAGUCUGAGGUUUGUCAUGAACCAAAACUUGAUUUCCGAAGAGACUGACAGCGACAGUUGAGUAGCAGAUGAUAUCACCACGUGAGGUGUAAAUCAGAUGAAUGGCUCAACACGUACAUACUGUAAUAGGAACCGAAAAAUGUGUAACUGAGUCGACUGCAUUUCUCUGUGUUACGUCGCAGCAUAAAAUGUGCUGCUUGUUGACUACCUCACGAGAAGGCAUGUCAAGGUACCUGGUAAGUGCUAAACAAAUGUGAAGUGGUGUAAUGAGAACUCA